CGUGGAAGCCAAAAUUUCACUCUGAAAGUACCGUAACUUCAAAACUUGGGCAGAGAGGACUGACGUGACACCUCUCGAAAGGACUGUCCUAAUAAAAUUAACUGUGAUUUUGUAGUGGAUAAGUUACAAGGGACCCAUCAGGAUGGGCAUAAAAUUCCUAGAGGUUAUUAAGCCUUUUUGCAGUAUUCUGCCAGAAAUAGGAAAACCAGAUCGAAAGAUCCAGUUCAAGGAGAAAGUAUUAUGGACUGCCAUCACUCUAUUUAUUUUCUUAGUAUGUUGUCAGAUACCGCUGUUCGGUAUAAUGAGUUCAGAUUCUGCAGAUCCCUUCUAUUGGAUCCGUGUGAUUCUCGCUUCGAACAGGGGUACGCUCAUGGAAUUAGGUAUCUCACCCAUAGUGACGUCGGGAUUGAUCAUGCAACUGCUUGCCGGUGCGAAGAUUAUCGAAGUUGGUGACACUCCCAAAGAUCGAGCUCUUUUCAACGGUGCCCAGAAAUUGUUUGGCAUGGUAAUCACUGUGGGACAAGCCAUCGUCUACGUAAUGACCGGAAUGUACGGGGAUCCCGCGGAAAUCGGCGCCGGAGUGUGCCUUCUGAUCAUCAUCCAACUAUUCGUUGCCGGCCUGAUCGUCCUCCUCCUCGACGAGCUCCUCCAGAAAGGCUACGGCCUCGGUUCCGGCAUCUCCCUCUUCAUCGCCACCAACAUCUGCGAGACCAUCAUCUGGAAAGCCUUCUCCCCAGCCACCGUCAACACCGGCAGGGGAACCGAAUUCGAGGGCGCCGUCAUCGCCCUAUUCCACUUGCUCACCACCAGACAGGACAAGAUCCGCGGGCUCCGCGAGGCCUUCUACCGUCAGAACCUUCCCAACCUCAUGAAUCUGCUGGCCACCGUUUUCGUUUUUGCCAUCGUGAUAUACUUCCAAGGGUUCAGGGUGGACCUGCCGAUAAAGAGCGCUAGGUAUCGCGGUCAGUAUUCUAGCUAUCCUAUCAAGUUGUUUUAUACGUCGAAUAUCCCGAUUAUCCUGCAGUCGGCGUUAGUGUCGAACUUGUACGUCAUCUCGCAGAUGCUGGCCGUUAAGUUCCAAGGCAAUUUUCUUAUAAAUCUGCUGGGCGUGUGGGCUGACGUUGGCGGGGGAGGUCCGGCUAGGUCCUACCCGAUAGGGGGGUUGUGUUACUACCUUUCGCCUCCGGAAAGCGUCAGUCACAUAUUGGAGGAUCCGGUCCAUGCCGUUUUAUACAUCGUUUUCAUGUUGGGGUCCUGCGCCUUCUUCUCGAAGACCUGGAUAGAAGUGUCGGGCAGCUCGGCAAAGGACGUCGCCAAACAGCUCAAGGAACAACAGAUGGUGAUGAGGGGGCACCGGGACCAUUCCAUGAUCCACGAGCUCAACCGUUACAUUCCGACGGCGGCGGCUUUCGGGGGGCUCUGCAUCGGAGCGUUGUCCGUGUUGGCGGAUUUCAUGGGGGCGAUCGGUUCCGGUACUGGUAUCCUGUUGGCCGUCACAAUUAUUUACCAGUACUUCGAGAUCUUCGUCAAGGAACAAAGCGAGAUGGGCGGCAUGGGGGCCCUCUUGUUCUAAUUAGUUUUUUGUAGGUGGAGAUAUCUUUGAGCUGCGGCUCGACUGAUAUUGUGAUUUUGUUAGGUGGAUAGUGACUAUUGGGGUCGUUUAUUUUUUUUAGUCGUUUGUACCUUGGUGCCGCAAUAGUGGCUAUUUAUCCGUAACAUGUUUGUCACUUUGUAUAAAGUGCAGGUCUUUUGUAUGAAAAACGUUUGGAAAAAGCCAGGAAUAUAUUUUUCAUUGUAUAUUUACAUACACAUUUGCGUUUUCGGACGGUUAGAGAUAUUUAUAUGCCGCGCGGAUGUCCAUACUCUAUUCUAUUUUUUACGUUGUCAUUCACCAUCAUUCAGUACGGUUGUGUAUUGGUCAUUUAUUUGUUGUUAGAUGUAAUUUAUUUAAGUAAGUACAGAUAAUGAUUUCCGGA